AUGGAGGAAGUGAAGCUGUAUGGUAUGUGGGCAAGCCCUUUUGCCAAAAGAGUUGAAAUGGCACUAAAAAUGAAGGGCAUACCUUAUGAAUACAUUGAAGAAGAUAUAAUGAACAAAAGCGAGAAACUCCUAAGUUGCAACCCUGUCUAUAAGAAUAAGAAAAUCCCGGUACUUGUUCACCAUGAAAAGCCCGUGUCUGAAUCACUCAUAAUCCUUGAGUGCAUCGACGAGACUUGGAACUGCCCACCUUUACUCCUUCCCGAGGAUCCUUUUCAGCGAGCCAAGGUUCGGUUUUGGACGAACUUCAUCGACCAGCAGUUUGAAGGUGAACAACAAGAGAAAAUCGUCAAAGAAUUCUCCAAAAUGUUGAAGUUAUUGGAAGAAGGUGUGGAGAAAGACUUCUUUUCAAGCGGAACUGUCGAUUUUUGUGGUGGUGAGACACCAGGAAUACUAGAUAUCGUUUUCUGUUCAGUUUUUGGAAUUCACAAAGGCGACGGAUCCAGUGGUGUCAGCGAAUUUGAGAUGGAUACUAAUCCUUUGUUGUUCAAAUGGCUGAAUUCUCUAAAAGCAACUGCAGUGGUACGAGUAAAACCAAAGAUUAAAGACUAA